GAACGCAUUGUUUGCGGUUCACGCUGAUGACCCUCUGCUGGUUGAGGGCGGUAUUGCAAAGGAAGCCGGAAGUGUUAUGACGGCUGGCGGUGCUGGAGGUCCUCUGUGCCUCUCCCAGGAUGUCUAGAUGUUGAAUCAUCCCUGGAGCUCCCUUGUGAUUUGUUCGAUACAUUCCAUCCCUCAAGCUAGGAUAUAAAGAAGACUAAUUCAUAAGAUCUGCUUUCAGCAACUACAAGAGAUAUUCGUGUCACAUUCCUUCAGGUGAACAUGGCAGAGGUUGAAUGGAGUUCAACUGCUAUAGACAAGGCAUGUAGAUCAUCGGUGGAAACUAUGGAGAAUAGUCCUCCAUUGAUGGCGGAAUCCAGGUAACAGAAUGGUGGAGAAUUCUCCGUCUCCUCUUCCGGAGAGAGCCAUUUAUGGCUUUGUCCUUUACUUGGCUUCUCAGUGUGGAUUUAUCUUGUAUCUGACCUGGGCUUUUGUUCCUGAAUCAUGGUUACACUCUUUAGGACUGACCUACUGGCCUCAAAAGUAUUGGGCUGUGGCUAUUCCUGUGUACCUCUUGGUGCUUCUAUGCAUUGCCUAUGUCUUUUUGUUUGGUGUGAAUUUGAUGAGUACGGCUCCCCUAGAUUCCAUAGAGACCAUCACAGACUCGUAUGCCAAAAAGCAGCAGAGCAAAGAGAGUCAAGACGAUGCCAUUCCGGCCCUUCGAGACAUUCCGCUCAGCGAAGUUAAUAGGAUGUUUUUCCUUCCACACUGUAGACAUAAUGCAAGCACCCGCCUGUCGUAGACCUGUCCUUCUAGAGUUUAUGGCUUUUUUUUUCUUCACAUAGGUCAGCUAAUUCUGAAAACCAGAUGUAAUGUUUAUUUCUUAUUUCAAGAAAUGCACUGAAAUUUCAGAAGCCAAAAAUUGUGUUAUUGGCAUUUUUCCGAUAAGAGAAAAUGGUGGCGAUAAUGGCAACGAAAAUGCACGUGACUUUACCGCGACUUUGACCUGAAUUUACUAUGCUUAUUGUGUGUUUUUCAUAGGUCAUGUGACUCAAAAACUGCAUCAAAUACGUAACACAGGUACAAUAUUGAUACAUUCUUGUUGCAUUUUCAAUGCAUUUCAACAGGGAGGUGCGUUUAUGGUGCAGUUUUUUUUUAACUGAUCAAAAAUGCAGCCAGCAGAAUUUAUAACGCCACAACGGGAGUGCAAUGGACCAGUGUGCAGGCAUACAUAGAAUUUAAAGGGAUGCAUUUUUCUUGAGCUUUUCUUGCACUAAAGGUGGCAAUAAUGGCCGACAAUUAAUUUAUAUUCAUUUAAA